AUGUACCGACCUCUGAACUCACCAAACUCCAAAUCUGCCCGGAGUCUUCCUCAAGUGGACCCUCGCCCUCUGCCCCGCUCUGAACCACCACCGAGAACCACCAGAGCCCCCACGUACCCUCACAGUCUCCACCCAGAGAGACCCUCAGCAAACCCCUCAUCUCCCCCAAACCCAAGUCCUUCAAGUCCCCCCCGCCCCCCCAGCAGCCCGCCACCCUGCCCUCCACGUCACCGCUUCAGCCGCCAUCCAGCAAGAAAUACCGCGCACCGCUGCCCCCAAUGGCAAGACCGGGUUCCUGCGGCGACCGGAGGAGACCGGGCCUCACACAACGGCUUCAACCUGUCCGACCCUCAGUCAGAGUACGCCACCAUCGCGCCUCAGCCCGUGGUGACGCCUGGGGAGCACGCCACCGUCUCGGCACUGCUCAGCCCCAGUGCAGACGCCGUGGUCUCGUUGCCUCCUCGUUCCCUCUUCAGAAUCAUAAGAGAAGUCCACACGCUGUAUGUGGGGCAUGUGCUGCUCCCCAAACUCCUGUGA